CGACCCUGAUUUUCCCUAUCUUGUUCAACAAUUCCGAUCUCCAUUCUCUUGUCGCCAUUCUCCUCUAGUCCCAUACUGCAUACUGCAUACUCCAUACUCAUAGAUCUCCUCUCCUCCCCUCAUCGCCCCUCCAUUUCCUAAUCAGACAUCCUCUUCCAGCCAUGACGAUCGACACCAACCCGGCCGAAGAGCCACCAGCAUUCAACCUAACCGAGGUCGAUCGUCAGGUCCUCGCGCAGACCGAUGAAGAAUUUAUACUCCACGACUGGGAGGAUCUCAAAUCCAUCAUAGCGCGCAACGAUCUCGGCAUCCUCAAGCGGAAACCCUCCGACCUGCACCGCUACCUGGCGUGGUCGGCGUCCACGAAACAAAAAUACGGCUCCAUCACCAACUACAUCUGCCAGGAGCGACUGCACUGGGUGCUGCCGGGCACGACCACCAUCACCGCCACUAACACCAACAAGCCCGGAGUAACCACUACUACCACCACUGCAGCGGUAGUCUCCGCAGAUAGCGGGCCCGUCUUCCCCUACAACAACCCAACGCCCUUCGCCGACCCAGCCGACUACAAAAUCCUGCGGAAUGACUGGCCCUAUGGCCUCAGCCCGGGGAUUGCGCACCUAGUUGUCUGGCUCCGCACGCCCGUGGCCGUGAACCCGGAUGACGGGGAUCUGACGCCCGAGUCGCGCGCCCUGAUCGAGGGCUUCGUGCUGCGCACGUUCGUGGGCCGGUUGGCGGCGGAGCAGCGCAAUGGGAAUGGUGGGUUGUUUGCCGACUCGCCGCGCGACCAUGUGCUCUGGUUCAAGAACUGGACUGCGCUGCAGAGUGUCCGCAGUCUGGAGCAUAUCCAUGUGCUGGUACGGGAUGUGCCGGAGACGAUUCUGUUGGAGUGGACCGGGGAGGGGCCGCCGCAGCAUUGAGAUGAGCCCUCCGAGGAAUAUGCAUAUAGAUAUAUAUCCAUGCCUAUAUCCUCUAGUCAUCUCCGUCGUCAAUAAAGUGAACGAUCUGUCGCGUUUGGCGCAUUUCCCAGCUUUUAGCCAUAAUGAAAAUCCUCCAUUGAACCUA